AUUAAAACGCAUACAUCCAUAAUUCCUGUCUUAAUACAUUUCUCACAGUAAACUCACACUAUUUUAUCGUCUCUCUAAACCAAAAUCAAAACUCCAACUUCCAAAAUGGCAAUUGAGAUCUGCGUCAAAGCUGCUGUUGGUGCCCCUGAUGUUCUUGGAGACUGUCCAUUUUGUCAAAGGGUUCUUUUGACACUUGAAGAGAAAAAAGUUUCCUACAAAACCCAUCUCAUUAGCUUUGACAACAAACCUGAAUGGUUUCUUGAAGUGAACCCAGAUGGGAAAGUUCCAUUGAUAAAGUUUGAUGAUGAGAAAUGGGUUUCUGAUUCUGAUGUUAUUGUUGGUAUUCUUGAAGAGAAGUUUCCUGAGCCUUCUCUUUCAACUCCACCUGAAUUUGCCUCUGUGGGGUCAAAGAUUUUCCCAAAGUUUGUGGCAUUUUUAAAGAGCAAGGAUGCAAAUGAUGGUUCUGAGCAAGCUUUGCUUGAUGAGCUGAAGGCAUUGGAUGAACAUCUCAAGAAGAAUGGGCCUUAUGUUAAUGGAGAAAAGAUCUCGGCGGUUGAUUUGAGUUUGGGACCAAAGCUGUACCAUCUUGAAGUAGCUCUUGGCCAUUUUAAGAAAUGGACUGUUCCUGAAAGUUUGGCAGAUGUGCAUAACUACACAAAGUUGCUCUUUGCUCGAGAAUCAUUUGCUAAAACCAAAGCUCCUAAAGAAGAAUAUGUUAUUGCUGGAUGGGCCCCAAAGGUUAAUGCAUGAAGCUAUCCGAAGCUAUAAUUUUAGUAAACUCAUAUUCUGUACUUAUCAUUAUGAGUAUGUGAUCAAGAUUUCUGUUAUGCCCUGCACCAGAAGUUUUUGAGAUAUUUCGAAACUUGUGACUGGUUGCUACUAUAUAUGUCAGUUAUUAUGAUGGUAA